AUGUACUUGAAAGGGAACAAUAUCUAUGGAGAUGAUGUAAGGGAAACCCUCCUAAAAUUGCAGAAGGAAGGGACUGAAGCAAAUGUUGCUUACAUCCUCAUGCAAAGAAUUUUUCCAAACAUAUUUCCUGCUUUUCUGAUGAGGAAUGACAUCUGUCGUAAAGAUCAUGCCAUAUCAGAACUUGGUAUAUAUGGUGCUUAUCUAAGGAACAAAGAUAAAGUUAUUAUGAACGAUCACUCUGGUUACUUGAUGCGUACAAAGGUCUCUUCCUUGAAAUGA